UGAAUGUAAUUGUAAUAUUGUUCGAUGGACAAGAAUGUAAUUAUGUAAAUGUGUUCGAAUUGAGUGGUAUGUGAAUGUCUGUUUCCCGGUCAUUCAAUUUUUCCAAUUGAUUUCAAAAUGUGAUGUUCGGUUUGAAAAAGAAAUUACAGAUAAAAAGAAUUCUAAUCGGGCGAAUCCCUGGGGAAAAAUAAUCGGGCAGCUGUCGAUCCCAAAUCUCUCCUUGCGCUUCUUCUUCUUCUUCUCGUCGCUCCAGUCCUUAAUUCUUUGAUUUCUUGAGAGAGAGAGAGAGAGAGAGAGAGAGGAAGGUUGUGCUUUUUCCAAAGUCCAAACCAAUGGGGUCAAGAAAUAUGGACUUAAGCAAGUCUUUCAAGCUCGCUACACGUUCCCUGCUCACUGCCAUUACUAAGCAGGAUAUUUGCAAAGCAUUUUCGAGUUUUACUACUGCUGAGCAAGAUUUUCUACAUCGGCUAUUUGUUCAGGUUAUCACUUCUCUGCAUGAAAAUAUAGAGAAUGACUUUGAGACUUUAUGUCAUGAAACACAGGUUCGAACUGCUCUUGAUACAAUAGAGCAACUAGUGGAAGAACAAGGUCUGGACCCUUUGUUUUCAGAUAAGACUAAUCUAAAAGAUGUUACUUUCAAGCUCUUGACAACAAAGAAGAAUGAAAUCCAGUACUUGAAAAACAUGCUGGAAUUGGCUGAGGAGCAGAACCACCUUAUUCGAUCUCGUCUCGAACUCUUGAAGAAAGGAAAGGUGGAUGUUUCAGGCAUGACAGAUGUUGCAGAGAAGUUGACAGUGAGAGGUUUAUACUGUGGCAUAUACAGCAAUAAUGAGAUCCAUAAUCCAUGACUGUUUAAGUGCGUUAACAAAUUGCAAAUGUCUCAGUUUUAAGCGAAUUGAAAAGUUAAAGUGUGGCUUGUAUUUCUUUAUCUUAAUCAAACCCUCGAGGGUGCUAAAUGUGAAGUAAUUUCAAGCAUGGCUGGAUUUAUGAUCUUAUAAAUCCUGAGAUUUAUUGUAUUUCAACAAAUGUCUAUGUUGUUUGAGCAAAAUGAGAAACUCGCAGAAUUUAGAUUGUUCUCC